CUCCGGUCUUACACAAUAAUUUAUUAGGACUAAUUUACUGCAAAAAGAUUUUCAUUUCGCAUUCCAAUUUCGAAUUUCAUUAUGUUUCGAACGCGUUUUACUUUUUUUAGUUGCGCAUUUUCCGUAAUGGCGUAAAAAUGUGUUUUGUCGCCGGCCAGUUUUAUAGUGUGUAGUGCGAGAUGGCUGAGGUACUGCGGAUCUUGGUGAAGAGGUGAUGAGAUAUAAAAAUGCCAAAGAGGAUACCAUUCCACGUCGUCUAUGCCACAAGUGAAGACAGCUCGUACCCGGCAUGCGAGCUCAACGCACAGGGCCCGGCGGCGCGCGGCUGGCGCAGCGUGGGCGCGCCGCCGCACGAGCUGCUGCUGCGGCUGGCCAGCGUCACGCAGGUGCACAAGCUGCAGCUGCUGGCUCACCACCAGCUCAUCCAUGACUUCAUGAUGAAGGGUGUCGUGGCCAGUAUAUGCUCCUCAUGCUAUUGGGUACUCUGGGCCAACGCGCAGGGCCCGGCGGCGCGCGGCUGGCGCAGCGUGGGCGCGCCGCCGCACGAGCUGCUGCUGCGGCUGGCCAGCGUCACGCAGGUGCACAAGCUGCAGCUGCUGGCGCACCAUCAGCUCAUCCUCUUGCCCAACGCGCAAGGCCCGGCGGCGCGCGGCUGGCGCAGCGUGGGCGCGCCUCCGCACGAGCUGCUGCUGCGGCUGGCCAGCGUCACGCAGGUGCACAAGCUGCAGCUGCUGGCGCACCACCAGCUCAUCCUCUUGCUCAACGCGCACGGCCCGGCGGCGCGCGGCUGGCGCAGCGUGGGCGCGCCGCCGCACGAGCUGCUGCUGCGGCUGGCCAGCGUCACGCAGGUGCACAAGCUGCAGCUGCUGGCCCACCAUCAGCUCAUCCUCUUGCUCAACGCGCAAGGCCCGGCGGCGCGCGGCUGGCGCAGCGUGGGCGCGCCGCCGCACGAGCUGCUGCUGCGGCUGGCCAGCGUCACGCAGGUGCACAAGCUGCAGCUGCUGGCCCACCACCAGCUCAUCCUCUUGCUCAACGCGCAGGGCCCGGCGGCGCGCGGCUGGCGCUGCGUGGGCGCGCCGCCGCACGAGCUGCUGCUGCGGCUGGCCAGCGUCACGCAGGUGCACAAGCUGCAGCUGCUGGCCCACCAUCAGCUCAUCCGUGAGUACUGUUCCUGGUUUGAAAGGGCCAGCGUGGAGAGCUGGACACUAGAUGACUUCAUGAUGAAGGAUGUCGUGGUCAGUAUAUGCUCCUCAUGCUAUUGGCUAGUCUUGCUCAACGCGCAGGGCCCGGCGGCGCGCGGCUGGCGCAGCGUGGGCGCGCCGCCGCACGAGCUGCUGCUGCGGCUGGCCAGCGUCACGCAGGUGCACAAGCUGCAGCUGCUGGCGCACCAUCAGCUCAUCCUCUUGCUCAACGCGCAGGGCCCGGCGGCGCGCGGCUGGCGCAGCGUGGGCGCGCCGCCGCACGAGCUGCUGCUGCGGCUGGCCAGCGUCACGCAGGUGCACAAGCUGCAGCUGCUGGCGCACCAUCAGCUCAUCCCGGCGUGCGUGGAAGUCCUGGUGUCUGGCGGGCUCAUCUCCGAAGGCGCGGCGACUCCAUGCGGCGCGACAUACACCAGCGUUGGCCGCGUCACUCUAGCUCGGCCUACUUCUCAAGCCAGGACCAGGGAACUCAGAUCAGCAGCAUUGCCCGAGCCCACAGUAGCGCGUUUUGUAAAACUCAGACUAUCCGGCCCACAUCCACCAGCAACAGACGAUGAUCAGGUAGCACUAAUGGCAGUGAACGUCCUCGGCGAAGAAGUGGAAGAAGCGGAGAAGUCCACGCCGACAUCGGCCAAGGCCGAGCCAAGUUACUCUCCAUACGACGACUUGGCCUUCGUGAUGUACGUCGACACGGAGAUAGCGGACUUGGUCAGGACCUUGGAUGAGAAGAAGAAGAACGCUGUUGCUGAGGAGCGCUUCGAAUACGCCCGCCGGCUCAAAUCCGCAGGCUCUGCUCUCGCAGCCGCCGGAAUCCGCAUCGGGCGCUGGCGGCUGCGUAAGCGCACAGCGGCGGCGCGGGACGACUUUGAACUGGCGAGACGCAUGAGGGACAGGAUCGCUGAUGCUUUGGCUGGGGUUAAAGAGGACCCACAGCUGUGUAGACUGUUUGAAGAAGAAGGGCCGGAUUCCCGCAACGACUCGUCCAUGCCGCAAGAGUACGACUUCUCCCACCACCUGUCGCCGUCCGUAGUGGCUGGCUCGCUCAGCCUGGACAUCCCCUCGCCGGUACCGCCGCUGGAGGAGCCGGAACAGCAGGAGUACGCGAAUGGAGAUGAGGAGGAAGUCACCAAUAUGCCUAGUUCUCCCGUCCAAACGUUACAAGAAGACAUCCGACCGAUAUCUCGCGAACCGACCCCACCACCACCACCACCGCAAGAAGACAAAGUUGACAAAGCCCAGAAGAAGAUAGAAGAAGAAGUUCACAGGAAGAUAGAAGACGAACUGAGGAAAGAGACUGAUAGCCCAAGGAGGAGUAUUACGCCAAAUGCUGCCAAUGGUACUUUAGUAAGACGUAGAAAUAAAAGUGCAGGACCUAGGUCUACAUUCGAAGCUUAUGAAGAGAGGCUGCUACCAGCUCUGAGGCACUCUCCAAAGAACCAGAGCUUUGACCAAAGCUCGCAUACCAAUGAGUACCUCCGGGAGGCUCGUGAGGAGGAAUGCAGUGGGGGCAGCGCCGCGUCACACCCUAGACAGCUGCAGCCUCACAAACUGAAUGAGAGGGAGAGGAAGCAAGCUGCUUUGCCGAUACUCAUCUUUGGAUACCCUCUGGUAGAGAAGUUCUACUCCAAGAACUACCUAGACAAAGAAGAAGGCCUAGCACGCCUCCGGGCAGAACUGACGUCACCAUCCAAUGGAAGCACCAAGACGUCUCCCAACAAGACAGCCCGAGCAGCUGCCCUGCUGCUGCAGAGGACCUUGAGGGAUAAGGUCUUCUCUGUGUACAGCCAGGCCAAUGAGGUGGUCAGGGUGCUGUUUCAAGACUUCGUCCCUGACAGAGUGUGCGCGGCAGAAGUGGGUCGAUGCUUAGAGAAACUUCUCCCAGAACUGCUUCGAGCCUGCGGGGACCCCGCUCCCCGCGUCCACUCUACUGCCCAGCACACUGUCUUGACUGUCGCUGACUGUCCCCAAGUCAGGAGCCUCCACAUCAUCCCGCAACAGCUGGUCCGUCCGGUGGCCGCGUCCAUGCACCCUCGCCUGGCGCUCUCCCGUCUACAAAUGCUGGAACAACUGCUGCUCAGCCACGGGAUAUCCACUGAUAAGAACAGCGGGCUCACAGUCCGCCGCCUAGCAGAAUGCGGCGCAGCAGGCGCGCAGCACGCAGCAGGCGCAGUGCGCGCGGCAGCGGAGCGCGUGCUCCUAGCAGCAUACGCGCGUUCCCCGCGCGUGGUGCGCGCGCAACUCCCGCCUGACGACGCCGUCACGCGCAGAAAUCUCAUCUACCGACAUCUGUUCCAGCAGUUCGAUAGGAUUGAUAUGCAGAAAAUGCUCAACCAGGCUCCGACAGAGGAACAACUACUAAACGGAGACCAGUCCAUGGCGGAUUCAUCGCUGGAGACCGCCAGCGUCACUCAGUCCACCCGCAGUGGCACCACCAGCGGUAUGACAGCGUCUUUCGGGAUGUCUUCUUCUGUCGGCGCCACUUCUUCUUACAGCCUGAAGUCUAUGGCGUCUUCUGGAGGAACAUUAGCACCAUCAAGCCUCAGCGGAAGCUACACAACAUCCAGAACGAAAAGCAGCCUGAAGAAAUCCCCUACAAAGCGGUACACCCCUUCAAGAACUGCGAAAGACUUCUCCAACUACCCUGGGUACAACAAACUGAGGCUGGACAGCGCCGUCAGUCCGAAGCACUCGCCUAGAUCUACUGUCAGCGCUUCUGAGAAGGUAAGGGUGCACUUCCAAGAGGGUCAGACCUCCGAGGUGGUCCUCCGACGCGCCAGCCGCAACGCAGAGAACCGGCACUCCAUGAUCCACUACGACCACGAGCCCUCCAAGCCACAGCUCAAGGAACGCCCCGUCACGGUCUACGAGCCACUGCACAUAGAUUACAGGGACUCUCCUACGUUAGGGUCCCCAAAAACCUCCAAAAACGACGUCCGCAGCAUGGAUUCUCUCCCCAUGGAUUCCCCCCAGAUGUCCAGGAACGAUCUUCGUUGCGACUCUGACUGUCGGAGUCUGGAUUCGCCCAAGGUCAAAGCAGAGUACUUCAGGGAAAGCGUUCUGGAAUCCCCGAAGCUGGUGGCUGGGUUACGGAAUCUACACCUGGAUGACCACAGCCAGAUGGAUGAGAGCGGGUAUUACAGUCCUGGUAGACGACAGCAAAUGGUGAGCAGCGACCAUCAGUACGAAGGCUACGACGGAGGCCCGGUAGAUGUGCCCAGCGACAAUACCCCAGAACCGAUUUGCCAUACAACGUGCACGUGGUGCGGGCGGCGCGUGCGCGCGGAUGCCUUAGAGGCGCACUACUGGCGGCGCUGCGUGCUGCUGGCGUAUCUUAGCCAUGUUACAACGUGCACGUGGUGCGGGCGGCGCGUGCGCGCGGAUGCCUUAGAGGCACACUACUGGCGGCGCUGCGUGCUGCUGGCGCGCUGCCCGCGCUGCCGCGUGGCCUUGGAGGCCAGGGUGCUGCACCAACACUUGCUGGGAAACUAG